UCUGAAGUGUGCGUAGGUUCUUAAUCUAGUCAAUGUGUAAUAUAAUAGCAGUUAAUCGCUAUUAGUUGUCUUUCGGGAUGGCAGUUGCUUACAACAUGAAAGUAUGAGGACUUCCCUAUAGAUGGCAGGAGACCCCUUGACCUUUGCAAACAUUUCACUGUGAUAGAUUGUGUCCUGAGAGGGAGAGAAUAUAUUUAGAGAAUGCUUUUGAGAAUGUUGUGUUGUUUAGAAUUGACUCAUGAAGGGUACAUACUGUAUUAUACAGAUGUUUUAUGACAUUAAAAUAUACCAAGACAAGUAAAGAUUUUUAACUACUAGUAGAGGACAGUAAAGCACUGCGGUUGACCGGUCAGGCCACAGGUGUUACCUAUUGUGUUCAAGUGCAAAUUAUAAAAUGUAUUUACAGAACCAAACAAAACACAUUCAUAUGUCUGGUUUCGAGAGUGCAUCUAAUAGCUAAUAACCAGGUCAUUUAAUUCCUCCAGAUGAACAAUUAUGGGAUAUUUCGUCUGUCUUUGAUGUCUCCGUCUGCCUCAUAGGCUUUUGAUUUAACAAAAGUAGCAUUUGUCUGUAGCACUUCCUUCCUGAAACAUUGCAAGCAGUUUAUUUUUUCACUUCCUGUAAUAAGGCAAAAACAGCCCAAAGCCACUGCAAGUGAUGCUGCUGGGUAGAGACUGAUAUAGUGACAGUAGGAUCAUUUGAGAGAAAAAGGGAUCUGGUGAAAUAAGAAAAACAUUUAAACAUGAAAUUCUAUCUGAUGAUUCUCCUUUACUUGCCAGUUUUAAGCUGUUAUGCAAAAAGGAGCAAAAUUGGAGAGCAUGGAAAUGAAGGUGGAUCUUUAGACAUUAAGUGUUCAUAUCCAGAUGGAUAUCAAUAUAAGCCCAAAUAUUUGUGUCGCCACCCCUGUUCCUACAGUGACGUUCUCAUCAGAAGUGUGAAAGCGGACACAUUUGUCACCGUAGGAAGAUUUUCUGUGUAUGACAAUGUCCAUGGACAUACUUUCAUUGCCACCAUCAAAAACCUGAAAUUACAGGACUCUGGACUUUACUAUUGUGGACUUGGUCAGUGGGGAAGAGAUGUUUUAACAAAAGUAGAUGUCUCUGUGAGUAAAGCUCCAUUGGUCACUUCACUGUUUACACCUGAUAGGAAGGACACCACACAAACAUACAGAUAUGUGUCCCCAGAGGUCCCCACAUUUACGCAGUUACCGGUUGCAGAUUGGGAUGUCGCACCAACAUCCUCAUCCAUUCUGAUUGACAGCACAGGUUUUGUACGUGUCCAUGUUGUUGUGGGAGCUGUCGGACUGUUGAUGUGUUGCACUGUGGUUGCACUUUGUGUAUUCUUUAGAAAAUGCCGAUCAAUGCCGUGCUCACUGACAUUUCCAGCAUCUAAAGUAUCAGCUCCUGUAGCCAUUGCACAGGGUGAAGAGGACACUUGUCAUGUGUAUGAUGAGAUAAUUAUGAAAAGCUCCAACAUUCUUCCCCAGGAAGACAGUGACUUGUACUGCACCGCACAUUUAGGAGAACCCCCACUGAAAAUAGAUGACAAUGCUCUCUACUCUCUCCUGACACUAAAGCUACAAGGACCUCAGUAAGAGUCACAAAUCUUUAGUUUAUAGAGGGCAUUCUCACAACACUGCAAGCUGUUGAUAGUGUACAUAUGUACAGUAUCUAGAAGCUUUGGGUUGGCAAUAAAUAUUGCUAUUGUUUUGUGUAUAUAUAUAUAUAUAUAUACACUGCUCAAA